AUGCUUUGACCCCGCGGAGCCGCCAGCGGAAGAACCAUAAACAAACCUUCGAAAAAAUUGUUGCUUCAACCGGGAAAGCUUUACGUAUAAAAUGUGUCUUUUUGAACAGAUCAAACUUCUCCACGAUAAUGGACUCCACUCAAACCUCAUAUCCUUGGGAAAUUUGGUUUUGACAAUGGCAGAAAACAGGCCAGAAUGCCUUAAUCCAGUGUCAAGGUACCAAACACUAGUUUAUGUUGGCCAGUCACUGCAAAGUCAAGGGGAACACAGGCGUGCAGAGGCAACCUUCAAGGAAGCUCUUCAAUAUGCCAAGGCUGCCACUAAGACAAAAGCUGCUAAAACAGCUGACUUGUUCAAAGAAGGAGUUACAGAAAUAGAUGUGAAAUAUGCCAUGGCUGAAUGCAACAUUGCAGUGCGGCAGUUCAGCCAAGCCCUAACUCUGCUAGAAUCCAUUCCACAACGUCAUCGCACACCUAAAGUCAACAUGGGGCUUGGACGACUUUAUCAACAAGCUGGCAUGGAGAGGCCUGCCAUUACAGCAUACAAGGAAGUGUUAAAGGAAUGCCCUCUGGCACUGGAAGCAGUACAAGAACUACUCAGCCUUGGAGUGAGAGGUGCAGAGGUUGCAUCUCUUAUGAUCAACAUCCAUGGAAAUUCAUCUGCAACUGAAUGGUUA